CCAUAACAUUCAGUCAAUUAGGUUCCUACUCCUGUAAAACAAGCACACACAUUACUUGCGUUUCCAGUUUAUAUUUCUACAUUUUUAAUCGGCGAUAUUAAUAGAUGAUUCCUCAGAAGAACUGACCUAGGGCAUACAAAUUCUAAAAUACCACAAGUAUACAAACACAAAAUGGCGGAAUCGGCAAACUUUCUUUUCGAUUUGGUCAUCACCAAUCUGAAUAUUUUUGGCGUGACGAUCGAGGAACCCAUCAAACUUCUGGUGGAAACCAAGGUGGCUGGAAAAUCAGUGAAGGUAACGUCCAGCCGAAUCAAUGUCGACCAGUUUGUGGCCAACAGGGAGUUGGAGCUCACCAUGGAAUCUUCGACAUUGCGACAAAGUCUGGAGGAGAAGGGCUUAUCUUUGUCGGGCGUGUACCAGGGGUCAACUCUGGGCAAGGCUACUGUGAACUUCCCCUUGGAGUUUCUUGACAGGAUCAGCCCCACGAUGAACGAUCUGCUGCACGUGGAUACAGUCGAUCUGGUUCGUCGAGUUGACGUAGUCGGAACGGUGAGCGUUUUAGUCCGCUUGACCAUAAAAUGCGAGGAGCACCCAGAGCCGAAGCCCUUAAGGCAAAGCCUUUCCCGGACCAGCAAAUCAUCGGUGAUACUACCGAAGAAGGAGAAAAGCGGACGAGUGAGCUGUGCUAGCCAGGGCCCGACCUUCAAUCCUCAGGAUGUCAUGUUUGUCAUCGGCGAUCCUGAUCCCCUACUCCAAAUUCCUUCGGAGCCGUGUUCCGAACUUCCUCCCGAAAUAGGAGAUGAGCGCCUCAAUCUGGACUUGCAGCGCUACAAAAGCGUUGAAAAUCGUCGAGCAAUCUUCCCAGAUGAUGAUCCCUGUCCCAAGAAGAAACCCUCAUUUAUGCAGCUCAAGAGGCUCACCGAGGAGUACUCUAAUAUCAUCGACUCGGUGGUCAAGAAGGUCAAGCAAAUGGAUCUGCCCUCGAGCUCAUUGGCUCCCACAGAGCCACCUUCCGAUGCGAAUGCCCCAAGUCCAGUUUCCACCCAGAAGUCUCUUAUUCCUACUCCCAUGGAAGCUUGCAUACCCGUGCCCGUUAGAUCCGACUUGAUACAUGGCGUGAAACCUACUCGGUUUUGUCCUGUCUGCUUGUGCUCAAUGUCCUGGUUGCCAAAAUAUUCACCAUGCCCUCAAUGCAAUACUAAAGCAGUGCCUAUACUCCAGGGACAUCCGACCAAGAAAAUUACGGCCGAAGAAAUUGUGGCAGAGCAACUGGUUAAGCCAAAAGCACCGCCCGGAGUCGAGGACUUUUGUGACCCAGCCUGCGAAAAGGUGCGCCGCAAGAUCUGGAACGAGGACGAGUGUCCACCGUGCCGUUGUACGUGCUUCAAGGGAAGAACCUGUGCCCACUGCCGAAUCCGCAAGAUGUGCGAUGACGUGUUUGCCGCCAAGAGUCCACCGAAACCGCCUCGCCGAGUACCAAAACCCCGCUCAAGUGAGGAUUUCUGUGUGGUCAUGGAAUCUGAAGAGGAGGAUGAUCUUCCCUACCUGGCAAAGGUAUUUUCCGAGCUUAAGAAUCUCUACCAUAUCCACGACACCAAGAAGCUGUCGGCCAUCAAGGAACGCUGCGCAGCUCAGUCCUUAUUCACUAUCCGCAGCAGGCGAUCCAUCAAGGAGCUGACGGAAUCGCUAUACCCAGGAGAUAAAACCCACGACAGGGAAAGCCAUCUUCCCAAGGCGGGCCACAAAAGCUGCCUUUCACCCACAAGCAUUGUGUCCCGUCGCCAUGGCUGGAACUGGACAAAAAGCUGCGAGGCACGGAAAAAUGGCUGGCGGCCAGGAGCCAUCCUGCGAUCCUCCGGCCAUGUGAUGCGCCACUUCCUGAUGCGAAGUAGGGAUCAGAAUGUGUGUCGAAAAGUGACGGCUGACUACGAGGAGCAGCAGCGAUUUGCUCAUCCCGUGCUCAACAUUUGCAAGCGGAAUGGUGAGAUAUUCGUGACCCUUCGUCCACUGCCCACUUUGGCCAUGAAACAGAAGCCCAUCACCUUCCGGAUCGUGAAGAGCGGCUUGGCAGUGGCACUGCGUCAGAUCAAGCGCGCUCUAAAGGAUCAGGGCUUCGAGAAGUGCUCCUGCCACCAGUCCCUGAUGAUGUGCACCUGUCGCGAUGCCUUGGAAAAGGUUUACCUGAACAAGGCCCUUGAGAAAGAGUGCCAGAAGCGGCUAAUAGAGCCGUGUCCCGACCACUUGGUGCUCACCGACACGAGUGUAAGCGACAUGGAGUUCGAUCUGGAUGUGACUCCGCCAGCGGGAACCCGUAGACCGAAGAGGAAAGCCCUGAGGAACGUGGUGAAUCAUGGCACCCAGACUGCAAACAAAAAGCCACCAGCUGUAACACCUCCAUACCCAGUGACCCACAGCCCGUACUAUAGGGACUACGACUGUGCAGCAGGAGAUCGAUAUAUGGGCACAGCAUUCGGUGACAAUAUAGAAACCGUUUUCGAGGAUGGACUCUAUGGAUACAGAGGCGGUGGCCAGCAUGGCAGACCCGUCGUCUGGAGGCAUCCAAAGGUGUGGGGUAAGAAGGCGGGGGCACCACUCCCGAUUGGAACCGCUCGAGACGCCGUCGAUCCUUAUCGGUUCACCAAAACUGUUUGGAGAGGGCUGCCGCGAAAGAUAAUUCAAAAAAUGAGAGCAAAAUCAAGGAAAUAGCUAUUCUUUUAUUAAAAGUCAAA